GUGCCUCUCCAUGCCUCUUCUGACUAACCCCACGUCACGGUGACGUCGCUUUUACCGCCCUCCUGCCGUCGGCCUCGACAACAUCCGCAUCCUCCUUCGUCGUUCGUCGCGUCGUUCGUUCUCUCUCGUCGUGCGCUGGCAGACAACGCAGCGACGGUUAUAAAAGCCACCGCUCACGGCGCGGCGCGCAUCAGUCGUUCGGUCGGUUGCGGUGCAGAUUAGUGAUUGUAUUUCAACGAAGGGAGCGAUUUCACAAGAGAGACGCAGUGUAUACCAUACACUUUCACGUGCACGCACGCACGCGCAUACACACACACACACACACACGUGCGUGCGCGCGCGCGCUCGAAGCAUUGUGACGAAACCGAUCGUGAGAAGAAGCAUACAGCGCAGAUAGAAGAGAGCGAGGCAGGAUAUAUAGUGUGCUGCACUAAGCGCGACGACGACGAUCUUCGCGCGUCUCCGAGAUCACGCUCGCAUGGCAUUCGGCGCACCAGGACGGCGGUGGCCUCGUACGCGUGUCGACAGGGCGCUAUGAAGUAACACGACGAGAGCACGAGCAGGUCGACGAAGUGGCGGCGACGGCGGCGGCGAAGACGACAACGUCCUGAUUCCAAGCGUCCGCGCUCAGUCCUCAGUGUAGGCUAGCCGGUCGCUCGGCGGUCGUUGUCUCAACAUCGACAUCGCGACACAAUAACUAUAACCUUCUCAAUUCGGCGAACGAAUGCUUACACGCGAGCGUACAUCGACGACGAAGACCGGUGCUGCACUGGCUACUCCUUCUCUCCACUUGCGUGUAAUCUAGACGGCGGCACGCGUCUUCGAGCACGUCGUCGUGAUAACAUCGUCUUCCACGAGGUGUGCGCGCUGUCCUCAGUCUCGACGACCAGGACUGAUCUCGUUGUCGCGCGCGCAGAGACAACGAGGAGGUUAGCCGCGGCGGAGAGCGAACGCUCUCGACUUUCCUCAACGCGGCUUGGACGCGGCACACGGUCGCACGCGUCAUCUCCGUCGGCAAAGGCCUCUCCUUUGGGGCUCCUCGACGUUGACAGCAGCAACAGCGCUUGUUAAUCGUUGACUCGUGGUGAAAACUCGCGGCGAUUUUGACAGGAGGCUUGACGGAACGCGCGACAACAAACAUGGCGGCCACGCUGGCGGACGCGUGCAUCGACUGCAACUGCACCGACGUGCUCGACAUCCUGCACGACGUUUACGAAGGGCUGGACACGACGUGGCCGUGGAACGACAUCGACGGGCUCUUCGUUUACCGGCCAUGGGUGUUCUCGCUGUUGGGGAGCACCAUGGUCGGCCUCACGGGCAUCUUUCCCUUGUGGCUCAUCCCCAUACAAGACGGCGUGGAUCUGAAAACCGGCGAGAAUGGCGGCACUUUGAAGAUCCUGCUGAGCUUCGCCGUGGGUGCGUUGUUGGGUGACGUUUUCCUACAUCUUUUGCCGGAAGCUUUUGAGAGCGAAUUUCAGAGACGAGCCGAGGACAGUGAAGCGUCUACACCGGCUGGUCUGUGGAUAUUGUCCGCUUUUCUGUUCUUCGUUAUCUUCGAGAAGAUCAUCGCAGCUGUGAAUGAGGAAGCGCCGAUCAUUACGGAGCAGCAGACUGAUGAUGAAGCCUCGAUCCAGGACACGAGCCCGGAGAAAGAGAUGGACAACAAUAACUGUAUUACGCUGAUGAACACUGAGACCGCGAAGAACGGUUACGCGAAGGAAUACUUGCGAGACAACAACGAGAUGCAGAUCUUUCUACGGAAGCAAUCGGACAAGAAUGGAUUCGUGCAAAUACCGAUUGGUAUGAAAGAGUUGCGUAAGAACGGCUUCAACAAAGACGUGAACGUUAUGAAAUCGGCAUUAGCGAGCAAGUGCCCCAAUGACGGGCCGUUGAUGGACGAGACGAAGAUCUGCUUGAAGAAACUGGCGAAGAGCAACGGCUUCACGUCGGCGCUUUUACGCACCGACGAGCCUGCCACACUCCCGAAAAACAUGGUCGGCCGCCUGAUCAUCAAGGCGAACAAGCUCAUGUCCGACUUGUCUCAUGCCAAGUUUUUCAAUCCUCAGUCCUUCCCCGGGUACCUUAACCUUUUGAUGAACUUUCUCGACAAUUUCACUCAUGGCCUGUCUGUGGGUGGUUCGUUCCUCAUUUCCUUCCGUGUAGGUAUCCUCAGUACGUUCACUAUUUUGGUGCAUGAAAUACCUCAUGAAGUCGGAGACUUCGCUAUUCUACUGCGCAGCGGAUUUAGCAGAUGGGGCGCUGCACGAGCGCAGUUAGUCACCGCUGGCGGUGGUAUCGUUGGUGCUUUAGCUGCUGUAUUCUUUUCUAGUGGUCUGGAAGAAAAAACCAAUUGGAUAUUGCCAUUAACUGCAGGAGGAUUCAUACACAUCGGCCUGGUAACCAUCUUGCCCGAUUUAUUGAGAGAAACAAACCCGAUGGAGUCUUUAAAACAACUCUGUGCUCUACUUUUUGGAGUUGCCGUAAUGGCCGCGUUGAUGUUCGUUUAGUUCUGAUACACGCUAUUAAUAUAUUUGAUCACAUCUCCAAAAUUAGUUAUAUUAAGUAGAAAGUUAUUAUGUUAAUAUAUACGUAUAUUGAGUAUAAUUUUGCCGGUCCCAUUUCUACUUUUCGGUGCGUAUGUCAGUACUCGGAUGUUGCCAUAAAGUUAUAUAAUAUAUGUUGCUCAAUUGUGGGAAAAUUUUAUCGAGAAGGUUAUAUAGCAAUGAGAAUUGACUGACCAAAUUCACGUAUGCGAUGAUGAUAAUGUACGUAUAUACACAUU